AUGGAUGCUAUAGUCGCGACUGGGGGAAGAUUUGUGCCACGAUGCGUGCUAAUUGAUUUGGAUCCAGGAACUCCAAACACGGUGCUUGGAAGCCCAUUCGGGCGGCUGUUUCGACCUGAAAACUUUGUUGCUGGACUCGCAGGCUCGGGUAACAAUUGGGCAAGGGGUCGCUAUACUGAUGGCUUAGAACUACUGGAAACUGUCCUUGACGUUGUCCGUAAGGAAGCCGAGGGGUGCGAUCAACUUCAAGGUUUCCAAAUUCUCCAUUCCAUUGGUGGUGGCUGUGGUUCCGGAAUGGGGAGUGCUAUCAUGGAUCAACUGCGUGACGAGUGGAGUGAUAGGAUAUUCAACAACUUCACUGUUCUGCCUUCGCCUAAGGUAUCGGAUGUGGUGGUGGAGACUUACAAUAGCAUAUUCUCCCUCGAUCACCUCAUUGAAACCAGUGACCUAACCGUUGUUCUCGACAAUGAGGCCCUCUAUGACAUUUGCAACCAUGUGCUAAAGAUCUCCUGCUCCUUUGCGGACCUCAAUCACCUCAUCUCUUUGGCUAUCGGUGGGAUCACUACCUGUUUCCGUUUUCCCGGUCAACUGAACUCAGAUCUCCGUAAAUUGGCAGUCAAUCUGGUGCCCUUUCCUCGCGUCCACUUUGUGGCACCCUGCUUCGUUCCCCUAACCAGUCGUGACAACCAGACGUAUAAGGCUAUCACAGUGCCGAACUUGGUUCAGCAGAUGUUUGAUAGCAAAGUACUUAUGGCGGCGUGUAAUCCUCUAAAGGGAAAAUAUCUGACCUGUGCAGCAGUGUUUCGCGGUCGAUUAAGCGUAGCCGAGGUAGAGGAGAUGAUGCUGAAUACUCAGGACAAAAAUUCUGCUCAUUUUGUAGAGUGGAUCCCGAAUAAUUGCCAAACUGCUUUAUGUGAUAUUCCUCCCCGAGGCAUGAAAAUGUCAGCAACAUUCAUGGGUAAUAGUACAUCUAUACAGGCGGUGUUUAGUCGAAUUCAAUCUGCCUAUUCAGCCAUGUUCAAGAGAAAAGCCUUUAUUCACUGGUACACGGGUGAAGGGAUGGAAGAAUCUGAGUUCCUUAGCACGGAAUCAAAUGUUCUUGAUCUUAUAAGCGAGUAUCAGCAGUAUCAAGAAGCAUCGGUUUAG